AUGGGGACGGCGUUUCUUCGCUCCCAGGAUUGCCUUCGAGGGCGGUUUCGCCACGAAGCCCUAACCCUAACCCCUCGCUCCGGAUCACGCCGAAGCCCUAAUUUUUCUAACCCGAACCCUAAUCCCAGCCCCAACUAUGGCUCUAACGCUAAUCUUCAUCAAUCUCGCCGCCGGAAGAGAAGUCCGAUGGGAUUCCAAUCCAAUCAACAUGAUCGCGCUCGAGAUCGGUACUCUGAUCGCGCCAUGGUUGCGAAGGUCCCGGCCAAAAACCUGGUGAUGGGCCAGGUCAAGAUCCUGAGGCGCGGGGAGGCCUUGAGCCCGGAGAAGAACAACCGAGGACUCGGAGUUGUUUCCGGCGAUGCUGGCAAGCCGAGGGCAAAGAUCGAAGAUGUUCCAGAUUUGGUACUGGGAUCGACGGACCGUUUGGGCCCCGACCCGGAGACCGUGCAGAAGCAGAUUAAGGUUGCAGAAUUCAAGGUCAUGGAUGCGAUUUACGCUGGAUCGAGCGCCUUCUACGCGUCUCCACCUCCGAGCUCAGUGCCUUUGCCUGCUUUUUUGGGAAGGAACGGCACGGCGACGAGCGAUCUGCGUCGGUUGCUGCGACUCGAUUCGGUGUGA